AUGUCGUCUCCGCAGAAGCCUGGCAAGACUGCCCCGCGUCUUGUGCAAGAUAUCCACGACUAUGACCCUGUUCAUCCUCCAGGCUCCGGCCGCAACCUGCUGUCGGAGGUCCCCCCGGUCUUCCCCGAUCACUAUAUUGGACCGUCAGAGUUCAUAUCGCCUUCAGCUUGCCGUCACACUUAUGUGAUCAAAUCGAAACAAAGCUUCCUACCAAAGCCAGAGCAGAGAAGCAGCUCAGGCAACCCCACCAAAGUAUCAGCGAUAUGCUCCAAGUGCCGAUACCAUCUGCAGCUGGUCGUGACAUCGACACCUGGGAUCGGCAGCCAGAGUGUGCCGGGACACAUACACCAUCUGGUAUAUAAGUCAGGGAGGCAGAGAGGAGGUGCAACGGCAGAAGAAAUUACACCCAAGGGCCAGGUGGCGGAGACUUUCCAUUAUGACUGCUCCUACCUCACUUGUCCAACGACUGUGUCCGUCAGGAUUGUGUCUCCUGUGCUACAUCCGGAAUGGGUACAGCUGUUGACCGAUCCAGAGUUGCUGCAGCAGCGAGCAGAUGAGGCGAUUGCAACACACCCCGAGCGCCUGGAAGGGAUAGCUCGGCCGCAGCCCAUUAAUGUCUUGGAAAACUUGCGCACAUAUAUCAUCAACGCCUUCAAUCCCAGUCAACAGGGUAAAUCCAUAUCAGCGAUCAACAAGAGGUUCAUGGCGUGCUUCGGUGUUGAAGGCAAGCCUUGCAAAGACCUGUUGGAGUUUUUGGGUUUCUCUGUCAAGAACGAAGGUUUCUGGGAGCCUCCGCGCCCCAACGCCUGGGCCGAAGUCCCCUACCAGGAUCAACUCAAAAUAUUCCUCGAUGAUGUUCUACAUGAGCUUGCUGUACUCAUCGAGCAGAGGCCAGUACUUGAGAAGAAGGGCCACCAGGUUGACUUCUCAUAUCAAAUAGCAAAGAAUGACCUCUUGAGUGCUCUGGAAGCAUUAGACUACCAGAAGGCUCUCAAUGUCGACUCAUUCGAAAUGCCCCCUGCUCCUUAUUACGAAGAUCUGGGCGUUGUGGAAGACAUGUCUGCGCAAUUGAUUAUUGAGGCGUUCAAUCGCCAGGUUGCCGUAGACCCUGGUCGCAUGCCCACAUACCUGAAAUGUCUCAAGGCGAUAGGUAAUCUUAGAGGGGGCUACGAAGCUGAAGCCAUUGACCAGGCCGUUCAAGUGGCUUAUGCCGACGGCAAAUACACUGAUGACGAUGUGAUCAAUGCUUACAAGUACUUCGGUUUGACCCAUGACGAUCCGCGGCUUACCGAGGACAGCAUUAUUGGGACCUUCCAUGCUUACUUGAGCUCCACCACCCAGGAGACAGAAUCGCGCAGAGAACUGUGGAAGAUUGGAGACAGUAGGCGUAGCGAGCGUAUAAAGUCAGCGGCCGAAGAUAGAGUGGCAACUGUUGAGCAAGCGCAAGUUUACCUUGGUGUGAGCGAAGAGACAAGCGAUGACUUCAUCAUGGCCAUGUAUACAGCUAAGGUCAAUGACACACCAUCAAGCCGGGAUCUUGCGCGCCGUGCCGUUGAAUUUAUUGCGGAGGCGCGGAAAUCGGAUGCUCUUCGACACUUCGUCAGAACUGGCGAGAUGACAGCGGGUGAAAUGGAUAUCGGGGAUGCCUACCGGCUUCUCCAAAUUCCUGAUCGUACCGUUGACGAUGGAGCAAUUAUGGCGGCUUAUACGAUAUGCGUCGAUGAAGCCCCGGGACAAGCUGAGACGUACAAUCAAGCCUUGCGCAUAAUUGCCAAAGACAAGAAUAGCACGCUGCUGGGAAGUAUGGUUUCUGAUGAUACAAAGCCGGACCGUAAUAUGUCGGAAUGGCCCGUUGGAUUGCAGAACAUCGGCAACACAUGCUACCUCAAUAGUCUGCUACAAUUCUAUUUCUCUGUCCGCCCAUACAGGGAGAUGGUCUUGGAUUUUGAGAGUUUCAAGAUGGACUUGACUGAUGAGAGCCUGAGCAAGAAACAGGUUGGAUCACGCAAGGUCUCUAAGAAGGAGGUGGAACGUUCACAAAGGUUUCUCAGAGAGUUAAGGACACUUUUUUCAGACAUGAUUACUUCCCCAUCCUCUCAUGUCACACCGGGCCAGGAGUUGGCGCGGUUGACAUUGAUCAGUCCUUCUAACGAAGCAGCGAUACGUCGUCGGUCUACAAUCUCCGCGUACAGGCCCGCGGGUGCCCUAGGUGAAAUCAACGGCAUGCCGGUACUAGGACCUCUUGGGCCGCCGCAACCGAUUCCGGAGAAGGAAGUGGAGAAAGAAGCGGAGGACCAGACGGCUACCGAAAGCGAGGGUGUCAAGCGCUCGACAGUUAGCGAUGUCGAUAGCGAGGCCACACUUGUCUCUGAUGGUGUCAAGAAUGACAUUAAAUCUCCUCCGAUUGACGAUAAAGAGAACGAACCUCCGGCUGAUCUGGACUUGAAAGACGUGCAGGAUGAGCCUAGUUCUGAUUCCGCCGAACUAGGGUCCCCCGGCGAUACAACACCCAUAGACAAUGUCGAACCUUCCAAUCGACCACCGCCAGUGCCUCCGCGACCCACCCCGCAAGUCGACCCCCAGAAGCAGCUUAUAGAAGAGGUAGAGAUCGGAGCGCAGCAGGAUGUGACGGAAGUUAUCAACAACGUGCUUUUCCAGAGCCAAUGUGCUAUCCGGCCCAUUGCUCAUUCUCCGGAGGGCGAGCAAAUUGAUCAAGUGAAAGAUCUGUUCUACGGCAGAACUCGAUCUUAUAUUGCUUCAGAAAAAGGCGUGCGGUCCAAAGAAGAGUGGUGGUGUGACAUUAAAAUCGAUGUUGCAACUGGCCCUCGUGACAUUUAUGCAGCUAUUGACGGUGCCUUUGACGUACAGAAGGUGAAUGUAGAGAACUCGGUGGCUGAGCAGUACGGUGCUAUCAGCAAGCUCCCGCCAGUGCUUCAGAUUCAGGUUCAGCGUGUCCAGUUUGACCCCACGACGAAGCGCUCAUUCAAGUCCACUCACCAUCUCGGAUUGAAGGAGACGAUUUAUCUUGACCGAUAUAUGGACUCGCAGCAACCGCAGUUCCUGGAGCGGCGACAGCAGUGUUGGCAAUGGAAGAACUCGCUCAGAGAGCUUGAGGCGCGCCGUGCGGAGUUACUGCGUCAAGUGGAUUCCGACGGCAUGGAUACGGCGGGUUUGCUCAACAGCGCUAAGGAAGUACUCGAAGACUUGGCAGCUAUGAGAGAAGAGCCUGAUUAUGCAGAGGACGCGAUCAAUUUUGACACGCAAAUAAUCACCGAGGUUGAUCAGCUUUCUCAGAUAGCAAAGGCUGACUUGAACUAUAUCGAAAACCAAAUCCAGGAGACCCAGAACAAGAUCACCGCUCAGUUUGCUGACUACAAGUACCUGGCUUAUCGCCUGUAUGCCGUUUUCGUCCACCACGGAUCGGUCUCCUUCGGCCACUACUACAUUUACAUCUUCGACUUUGAACGGAACGUCUGGAGGAAAUACAAUGACAACUAUGUCACCGAAGUAAACGACCUGGAUGAGAUCUUCAAGGACGAGGGGCAGUCCAACCCGCCCACGCCAUACUUCCUGGUAUACGUCAACGACACGAUGAAGGAUCGGCUCGCCGACCCGGUCUGCAGGGAAAUCCUGGAAGAAUCCACGGCGAAUGCCAAUGAAGAUGUGGACAUGAAUCCACCAGCGUACGACGAGAUCUGGACAGACCAGGGCGGAUCAGGUACGGUAGUCGAUCACCCCAUGACGGAGGCUAAAGACGAUGCCAAUGCAGGAUCCGGCAAGACUGCCUGGGGUUGGCCACCGAAGACAAGCACUGACUUAGACCAUGUAAAGUGGUAG